AUGUUGAGUUAUUUCGUGACAGCACUAAGUGUUGCCCCAGUUCUCCAAAUCACCUUCGCCCUUCCCACUACCAACCAACCUCGAGCCGCGUACCCCUUCACUAGACUUGUAGCCUUCGGCGAUGAACUUAGCGACAAUGGCAACGGAAGCUAUGCCCACGGCAUCACAGGCGAUCCGGCAACCGUCUACGGCUUCGGCACCUGGACCAAUGGUCCCGUUGCCGUAUCAUACCUCUCUAAUCUCCUCAAAGCUCCUUUAACUGACUAUGCCUUUGGAGGAUGUUGUGGCGGGGCCUCCGGAGGCGCAACAUUCGACAACGCGUACACCAAGUCCGCGGCUGGAGCCGCGUCGCUCAUUGAUCAGAUCGCAAAUUACAGCGGAAAAGGAUACCCUGACAUCAAGAAGUCGAUGCAGUUCAUUUGGGUCGGACAAAACGACGUCAGUGCGCAUACAGAUGCUUUCUGGGAGGGCGAUCCGCACAACGCGGACUUUGCGCAGAACGCUGCGGCGAAGACAAGUGCGGCGGUGAAGAAGCUAAUCGAUGCCGGCGCGCCGUACGUCCUGGUUGCGAAUAUCUAUCCCAAGCAUCUUGCACCUGUGACGGCGAAGUACCUCUGCGGUACAUCGACUUCUUGCGUGGAAACAUGGGGCAAGGUUAUUUCUUCGGCAAACGCUGGUAUCAAGACUUCCCUCCAGCAAUUCGGUACCAAAGCUAUCUACUACGAUUCCUUCUCUUUCGUCUCGAAUCUGUUGAACAAGGCGGCGGCGAAUGGGUUUACGGCGCCGUUGACGGAUUUCUGUGAUGGCAUGGGGGAUGCGACGUGGAAUGACUGCAUGGUGAAGGGGAAUAUGGGGAAGUACUUUUGGAUGAAUUUUGUGCAGCCUACUACUCGGGUGCAUGAGUUGAUUGCGAAGGAUAUGAAGGCGACUGUUGAUAAGCACUUGGGAUUGUAG